UUGAAUAACAAUGGCUGAAGCAGCUGUGUUUCUUUCAAAGGAGCCUGAAGGUGCUGGCAUGUGCGUGGCUGAGGUUCCAACUGUUAAAGACAUAGAGCAGCUUUUGAAUGCUGGGCGCCCUUCUUGUAAUCAUGUUGAUGAAGUAUGGCCUAACCUCUUUUUAGGAGACUUAGUUACAGCUCACAACAGGUUUGGUUUAUGGAAGAUGGGAAUCACUCAUGUUCUAAAUGCUGCCCAUGGUACAAUGUUCUGCGAAGGAGGACAUGACUUUUAUGGCACUACUAUUGACUACUAUGGUGUACCAGCCUAUGACCUUCCGCACUUCAAUAUUAGCCAAUAUUUUUCAUCUGCGGCAGAAUUUAUACAUAAAGCCUUGAACACACCUGGAGCAAAAAUUUUGGUGCAUUGUGCAGUUGGAAUGAGCAGGUCAGCUACUCUGGUACUGGCUUACCUCAUGAUAAAACACCAGCUUUCAUUGGUCAAAGCCAUUGAAACAGUGAAGGAACAUCGAUGGAUUUCACCUAAUCGAGGAUUUUUGAAACAACUGAGAAAUUUAGACAUUCAGCUAAAGCAAAAAAUAGGCUGCUGAUCAAUGAAUGGAGCAGAAUCAUUUUCAAGUCACUUUUUAAAUGUCAAGGAAUGUUUUCAUAAACUUUCAUUCUUCAUAAUCAUCAAAUGCAUUAUUAAACAUUAUCUAGUAAUCAUACACGUUGGGAAAAAAUA